AUGGAAAUACGCCAACCGGAAGUGCUAGGUAACAUUGAGUCUCGAGCAUUCCACCAGAGGCAAACAGACUAUCCCAAGAAGCUAGCAAAAUUUGGGAAUCUGAAAGGAGGCUUCGUCUUGACCUACGCCCACCUAAACGGCGAACCUCUAGCGCUACGUGGUCUCCAGGACCAUUCAGCGGGCGAGUCUCCUCCUGACGACGUUGAGUGGUCCAGAAACCUGCAUACCAUCCCACCUUGUCACCGCAACUACUCUUGCAUCGAUUACCCACCGGGACUGCUGGUCUACGCCUGUCAUUUUUUUCUCUACUCCGCUAGGGGCCCCUCGAGCUAUCCGCCGGACUACCCUCCUGUCGAAGUAGUCCCCGCUCGCCUCCACCCGCUGCUAGUCUCUUUGGCUCUUGUCUCUACGCCAGCUUUGUCUCUAAAGCUUGACAACUUAGCUGACACUACCACCGUUAAAUCCGUCAAGCUGGCGAUCCAAGCUCUUUCCCGUCCCCAAGAGCCUCCCCGGAGGUGGCUCGGCGCGGACUCUUCAGACUCCAUCUCUUCCAUCGCCUACAGCUUUGGGUCUUCGAGCACGACUAUUGGACACAACGGCUUACCAGGUGUCAGCUCCGGGUUCAUACUCGCUUCACAGGGUUCCAACGGCGACAACGGUCGCCAGUAUCAUGGUGCUGAAGAUCAAAGAAGCGAAGGGGAACAGGCAAUGUCACAGAGGGGUCCUACACCUCACCUUUCCGCGCUCACAUCGUCGCGUGACGUUCACUCCCCGUCGCCGUCCUACCGAGCCUUUGGUCAAGAUGGACCGAGUCAUCAGCAUCGUCGUAACCUAAGCAACACCUCAAUGGCCAACGUCGACGGAAACCACACUCAAACAGGAUCGAAAACUUCCGGUGUGCACAACAUUCUGAACCCUUCGGAACCCCAGGAGCGUCUUCCUACACCCGCCCCAUCUCUCCCGUUGCCUUCUGUCCAAAGGGGUAGCCCACAGGCAACCAUGAGAAUGGGCCAGUACCCAGCUGAUGGCUCGCCAUCUCGCUUUUAUGGUUAUCAGACGCAAAGUAUGCCCGGGUCGCGAACUACUACUCCAGUUCCUGCCGCAUCCUCCAUGGUGCCUCCUCCGGCUUCCGAAAACGAAUCUCCUAUCACCAACCAUCCCUUUUCGAUGGCCAUGUCGAGGAGGAUGUUAACCCCGAGGUCCCCAAGACCAUCAAGCAUGGGCCGCGGGACAACAAGACCCAUGGAAGGCCAACAGCUCCCAGGCAUGCCAUCCCAUGUUCAAAGAACCCCAACGCCAUCUCACAACACUUCACCACUCAGUGGCCCCCCAAGUUUCCCAGGUCCUCGCCCAUUUUCCGACUCGCUACACGGACAGGGGGCUUCUUUACCUCCGCCGCCUGCGCAACCGACUACUGGAAUGGUUGCUCCGUCAUCCCAGCCGCUUCUGGGUCAAAGACUUCCGCCGCCUGUAACAGCAGGGCCGCUACAAUCCGGCUCUCUUACUCGGGAUCUUGCCGGAAGACCUGUUUCUCACCCGUCCUUCCCCAGUCCUCCAACCACGACUACUGGACCUGUAUCAGGCGGGUUGACCGCCGCUUAUCUGCUUCAGGACCGAAGCAGGCUUGCGGUUGAUGGUCGACAGCAUAUGAUUACCAUUACACCAUCUGUUGGCGAAGAAAUUCUGGUCCCAGUAGAUAUCCACCAAGGCUCGAGACAGGCGGAUGCAAAGCGACAGCGAAACGCGGGAGCCUCUGCGCGGUUUAGACAGCGUAAGAGGGAGAUUGAGCGGAACAGGGAGAGGGAUUUGCAGAGACUGGAGGUUGAGAGCCGGGAGUGGGCCAAGAAGAUGCAGGAUUUGACCACCGAGCGCGAUUACUUUCGUAGCGAGGCAGAACGUUUGAGGAAGAUUGUGGCUGGCAUUCCUGAAUUCAGCAAGCUGGCGGAUCCAGCACAACCGACUCCUGUAUCGUCGCCUCCAAGCGUACCCUCGUUUUCGGUCGAGAACAGCCCCCGUGCGGGACCGCUACCUCCACCGCAGCCGCAAUCUCAACCCCCGCAGUCACACCAGCUUUCAAACACUUAUACUCAUUCACGCACCCGGUCGCAUCCCGACAACACCCAUUCAUCUCCAUACGACGAGUCCUUGACACUCGAGAGGCCCAGAAGACGGAGAAGGACUGAUACAGAGCCGUCGCCCACUACUGGAGCUUACGCAUAUAACACGCCCGCUCCCAUGACCAUGCCCCAAUCAGCCUUCGGACUGGCUCAGUCACCUCAUCUUCCUCCUCCAAGAUUACCCCCUCUUCGGGGACUUGAUCAGCCUCAAUCGACCUCAACCCCGCCCCCUGCAUCUAAUGGACCGCAUGCUGUCCCCUUGACUUCGCAAAGCCCAUCAGGCGGUGCCUAUCAGCCCUAUCCUCCUGCGCCCGCUCCUAGGCCAGAGAUAGGAUGGGCUAUUAGCCAAAGAGGCCCCCUCGAAGGCCAGUUGAGCAAUGGAGGCAUGAGCCGCAUUCCAACCGACCCGCCGCUUAACGAGUGA